AUUUUACAACGCCAGUACAUUACAGUGCUAGUCAUCGCCCACUCUGAAUGUUAACGUGGUACAGUGACUUGCCUAUCUUUCAAUUUCGGGUUUUAGGAUUUUUCAGGCAGAAAUUCUCCUCAACUUGCUCGAAAGGAUUGAAAUGUUACAGUUUAGGUUUUCGGCAGUGCUGAAGGAGUUGUUUCAAUCCAACCUAAAGCGCCCUUUGACAGGUAUUACAAGAAAUAAAACGUCGUUACCAAUCCACUACUGCUCCAGCAACGCCUCUCUUGAUGUCAAAGUCAGCUUCAAAUUGAAGCUUCUCCAUGCCGGUGUCCACCGCCCUUUGCUUUGCGCCGCACCUGGGACCCGGACCUACUGCACGAAGACCGAAGGUGCUGCUAUACCUGUGACCGAAAGUGCUAUACCGGUGACCGACCAGGAGAAGAAAGAUGAGACUGCCAAAGAAGCAGCGACGGAGAAGAGAAGGAAGGCAGGCAUCCUGCCCAGUCUGGAGGACCUGCUCUUCUACACCAUCGCAGAGGGCCAGGAGAAGAUCCCCGUCCACAAAUUUCUCACAGCACUAAAGGCCACAGGAUUACGCACAGGAGAUCCCCGGCUGAAGGAAUGCAUGGACACCCUUAAAGUCACCCUGAAGAACACCUCGGACGGAGUCAUGCUGGACAGACAGCUCUUCAAGAAGUGUGUCCAGAGCAACAUAGUCUUGCUCACCCAGGCCUUCCGCAAGAAGUUUGUCAUCCCCGACUUCCAGUCCUUCUCUUCUCACAUCGACGAGCUCUACGAGAGUGCCAAAAAUCUGACCGAAGGCCAGGUUGGUAAUCAGCCCAUCCUGGGGGAGGUUGCAGACUACAUUCCCCAGCUUGCCAAAUUUAGCCCAGACCUGUGGGCCGUGUCUCUGUGUACCGUGGAUGGACAAAGACACACGGUAGGCGACACUAAGGUCCCCUUCUGCCUGCAGUCGUGUGUGAAGCCGCUGAAGUACGCCAUCGCGGUGCACGACCACGGCACCGAGUACGUGCACCGCUUCAUCGGGAAGGAGCCCAGCGGCCUGCGCUUCAACAAGCUCUUCCUGGACGAGGACGAUAAGCCCCACAACCCCAUGGUGAACGCCGGCGCUAUUGUUUGCACCUCACUGAUAAAGCAGGGAGCGAGCAAUGCUGAGAAGUUUGACUAUGUCAUGAACUUCCUGAAUAAGAUGGCAGGAAAUGAGUAUGUAGGCUUCAGCAACGCCACGUUCCAGUCGGAGCGUGAGUCAGGAGACAGGAAUUUCGCUAUCGGUUACUACCUGAAAGAAAAGAAGUGUUUUCCUGAGGGGACAGACAUGACGUCCAUUCUGGAUUUCUACUUCCAGCUAUGCUCCAUCGAGGUGACCUGCGAGAGCGCCAGUGUCAUGGCGGCCACCCUGGCCAACGGCGGCUUCUGUCCAAUCACGGGUGAGCGCGUGCUGAGCCCGGAGGCAGUGCGUGACACGCUGAGCCUCAUGCACUCCUGCGGCAUGUACGACUUCUCUGGCCAGUUCGCCUUCCACGUGGGCUUGCCAGCCAAGUCGGGCGUGGCAGGGGGCAUCCUUCUGGUGGUGCCCAACGUCAUGGGCAUCAUGUGCUGGUCUCCCCCACUGGACAAGCUGGGCAACAGUGUCAGAGGCAUUCAGUUCUGCACGGACCUGGUGUCUCUCUUUAACUUCCACAACUACGACAACCUGAGGCACUUUGCCAAGAAGCACGAUCCUCGCAGGGAGGGAGGCGACCAGAGGCAGUUUACCUUCGGACCAAUGGAUUACGAGAGCCUUCAGCAAGAGCUAGCUCUCAAAGACUCUCUGUGGAAAAAGGUGGUGCCCACUGAUUGCCACGAGGACAGCUCCACCACUGUAGUCUAUAGGAUGGAGAGUGUCGGGGAGCGCAACUAGGACCCCCCCUCACCUCCCUACCUCCCACCUUCUCCUGUCCCCUUUCUACACCCAUAUAUGACUUCAUAUAUUUAUAUAAAUUAUCAAGAGGAUUAUUUAUUUCUAUAAUUUUUUUUUAUUUUUUUUUAACAUAAUGUAAUGUCACAUUAUGUACUGGUGAUGAAUGAUAAUUGAUCCUACCUGGGUUACUGUAAUUUUUUUAUUUUUUAUUUGUGUGUCCGUGGCUGCAAUCCAAACAUUUAACAGACACGCCCAUGACGUCUGACAAGUAUACACUUGCAGGGCGAGGGAGGAAGGCAUGAUUUUUAAAUGGACCGCCCUUGCCCGGAAAUUCGUUCACUCGUUCAUCCCGCAACGAUUGGGUUUUCAUUCACCCACAUCAGCUUGUGGGUGCUUUAUAUGCGCGACAGCCAAUUAUGAGUGCAUGUCUACUUAUAUUAACUACAUAAUUAUUAAAAUAUGCCUACUGUAUCAUAGCUAACAAAUGAAUUAGCUAAAUAACGUUAGCAUGUCUAGCUGGAUCUUCUGAAGAAGGAAAAUAUUUUAUUUCUACAAUUUCCAAAAGAUAACCAAACAAAAACAUCAUUACUUUUACGAGACAUGUUUGUGUAGCACAAUUUGUAACUUCUUUACAUUCGUUUUUACUUACACUUGUAUGUUGACUCCAUAUUGACGUUGAGGUUUUAAGUUUUGGCGGACUUUUCUUAGCGGAUGUACAAUCAUCGCGAAUUGAAUUAUGGGGUGUCUCAGACCCUGACGCGAACAUAAUUGUACACUCGCAAACUCUAUUAAAAACGAGGGCUGAGGGGCUUACGUUGCAAACUUCCUUUGCUUGGCUAAUCAUUUGGACCGAUGACAAAUAUGGCUGUGGGGAUUCCCCCUAGGGAAUAAGGCGAGGGUAAGUGGACGAGGGUGUGUCUUUUAUGAGUUUGAAAUGCAUCCCUUGUGUUCUUGGUGUCCCUGCAGAGCUGAGGGAAGCCCUUCCGGCUGCCUGUCUAGAAUGUCAGACUUUAGGGGCCUGAAGGGAUUGCCUGGCUCAGAUUGAGGCUUUGCAUGUAGACUUGAUUCAUCAUUUCAUGUGUGCUUCAAUAUCUACUGACAGGUUUGAAGUCCUGUAUCUGUCAAACAUGCCAGUGUGGGUAUUAGGCCCAUUGUAAUGUUUUUGUUUUGUAGGUUUUCUCAAGCCAAAAGCCAAGGGAAGAUGUGGAGUGUUGUGCUUUGACACAUAGAAAUAUAAUGUCAUUAUAUUUGUAUGCGUUGACAGGCUCUUAAGGUUACUACAAGCGUAACUCGGUUGAUCUAUGUGUGUGGGUGGAGUAGAGGACACCUUUUGGCAACAGGAUAUCCUUUCCGGUCCCUCCCUUUAUUUUUUAUUUUUUUAUUUUGGUCUUUUCAUUUUUUGGAAAACAAGGAACAGUAGCCUUCCCUUGCUUAUAGGAGCUAGCUGGCUUUAACCUGGCUAAAACAUAGCAAGCUAGCUAGUCUUUUUAGCUUCCCACAUCUCCAUGUGAAAUAAUCAGAUUUAUCAUUUAGAAAUAUGCCCUGGCAAAUAUUCUUCUACUUGCUGGUGUAACCUAAAACAUUAUCCCCGUUUGAUAUAGUGCUUGUGUAUUCAUUCCCAUAUCAGUUAAAAAUAGAAAAGCAUGUUUUGGUCAUGGAGUAAAAAAGCACAUGGCUAGCAAGUUGGCUACAGCAGGUUCUACCAUUUCACAGUAGCCUGUAAUCACUAGUUAUUAUUUCUAAACAAAUACCGUUUUGGGUGGAUUCUUUUUUUGGUUUACUUUUUGAACAGUUGCUGAGCUUAUAUUUGGUUAUCAAUGCAAAAUAGUCUACUUUGAUGAAUCGCAUAUAUAUAUAUAUAUAUCAGAUCAAGGAAUCAAGCAAUAAUACUGCCCCCACGGCUGCAGAAGUAAUGAUACUGCAUGUCUCAAUUUUCAGGUAGUAAAACAGUACACCGAACGCCAGACCUUUUUACAAGGAGCCGCCCCUUUUGUGAUGAAAACGACAUUGCGACACUUCGAUAUUCGCGUCUGCAUAGAGCUUGUAGUAUGCUUUUAGAAGAGCAAACUGAGCCUAUAACGAUAAGGCACUUAUCAGGCAUGACACGGACACAAUAUCAGUCGGACCAUUCUAACUCGCAUACCAGUGCUUUACCUUUCACAUACCAGCAACGCAUCUCACAUGAGCCGAUUUCUCAACUGCUGUUGAGUGGACCAAAGCUUUUCAUCAAGGACGUGAAAGGUGAUUCAUUCCACCCCCUUUUGUGUGUGUGGGCGCCUUUUUGUAUUUGAGGUGUGUGUGUGUGUACCGUGUUGAUCUAAGCUGUGACGCAUGCUGAGGGGACAUUGACCCUGGCCCAGACAGACAUGACACCGCACAAGCCUUUAGUUUUCAUGACAUAGCCUAGUAGAAUCCUGCUGGAUCUAUUCCAUAGGCAGUUGCAGUAUGUAUAUGUCGGAUGGCAUAUCAUGGUUAUAUAGGUCAUACGUAUAUGUACGAAUAUGUAUUGUACAAGUCAGUAUACCGUUGAGAGAAAGUGGGAUCACACAUUGUUACCAAUUAUAUUUAAUCCGUAUUAUUACUGUGAAUGACGCUUAGCUACCCUUAAAGAGGAAGGGGAAACCAGUCCUCUUAUCUAUACUGUAGCUUAAGAAUGCAUCAUGUUUAUUUCCAUAUGCACUGUACAGUAUCUACAGUUUUUUCCCAAAGACUGUAUUUGCCUGACGUGCGUGUGUUUUGGGGGGAUUGUUAUCUUGCAGUAAGCUUGAUGAAACUCAACAGCAGCGCAGAACGGCAAGGGAAUCAACUUAUUUCACAAACGUUGGCCACAUUUGCACAUGUACGUCAGUCAAGGCCUUGGGUGUCCUGCUGCUGGGGCUGCUGUUUUUCUUUCAAUGUUUUUAUCCAAUCAUGCUUGAAACGGAACUGUUGAAUUGGUAUACACUGUAGUAGCUCUAUGUUACCCAUGACUUCGUCAUGAAUGUGCUCUUCUCGUGGGUCCAUGUAAGUCUAUGGGUCCCAUACCGGCCAAGGUUGAGGUCAAUUUGAAUUGAAGUCAAUUCAGGAAGUGAUUUAAAUGUGAAAUUCGUAAAUGGAAAGAAUUUGAAAGAUACAUGGCUUCCCUUUCAGUUUGUUGACAAAUUAUUGAACAUAGAUGCCCUGUUUUUCAAUUAUUGAAUUGGAAUUUAUUAAUUGAAUUGGAAUUCCUGAAUUGACUGACUUGACCCCACCCUAUCCCAUAUACUUUUAGUUUGUUUUUAGCUUUUUUUAGUAUCAGACUUUUACUUAAAAUAUAUUUUUGUUGUUUUGUCAUGUCUAUAUGCUUCGACUUCAUUUAAAAUUGUGAUUUGGAACUAGGACUACUAUUUCACUAAGGAUGUUUUUUUUUAAGUGUAGGCCUUUGAGAUGUCAGUCAGUGUGUGGUGCAAAGCAUUCACAAGCCUCUGUCACUGUGGAGUGAAGCUAGCUGUAGCUAGCCUAGCAGCUAAUGUUAACUUGCUUGCUAAUGCUAAUUUACCAAAUAAUAAGUUAUGUUAAAUCAAUCCUAUUUAUUUGUACUGAAAAUGUAUAUUUUUGUUUUCUGCUACUUGUGUUUUCUGAAACACAUUUGAGUGGGUUUUCUAAUGUCUUGCCCAUGUUGACAUAAUAUGGAGAAUGCAGGGGCUGAAAGCUUGCAAGACUUAGGAGUUAGGUUGUCGUUAGAGGCUACAGGAGGAAGUUAUGUGGCUUACUGAACCUUUCUACUCUACUGCAAAAUGUGACUAAUAACCCCAAUCAAAUUUUACACAAGGGUUUUUUUGAAUGCCGUACCAGUAUUUUCAUUACAAUUUAUGAUUUCACAGCAACAUGUUUGUUUCCCACAAUGUCAUUAUUUUACUGUUUCUUUCAAAUGGCAUAUUUUUGUAUGAUUUAAUAAAUGUGUUUGAAUCCCC